AUGGCGUUAGCGCUCAGAACCACUGCUCCAUCUGCUGUUUCACCGACAAAGUGGCGAUCUGGGCGAAUUCACUGGUUGAAUGGGUUGCAACGUCAUCAUCAACAGCAGCAGUCCAAGCGACUAUUGUCUUCGGGCUUGCACCACCACCGUGGCUUGCAGCAAUCCUACGAUCUGGUGACUUCGAGGACAACGGAGAGGUACACACGUAUGCCUCCUGUCUUUCCAUCUAGGAGUCGGGACUGGUUAAUGCCGAUGACCAAGGGUUGUGACAGCCUUGAACUCCAACGACGCUGCUACCACUCGAGUUCUCAGCCCAACCGUUUGACGAUCGAAGAGGACUGGCCUAGACGAUACUCGAUCUUUGUGUCUACAUCUACGGAUCCAUAUUUUAAUCUUACUCUAGAAGACAUGUUGAGCUAUUCCGCCGGCAUGACCAUACCAAACCCUUAUUGCUUAUCUAUCGCGACACACCGUGUGUCGUUAUUGGACGUAAUCAGAAUCCUUGGAAGGAAGUCAACCUUCGAGAGUCUCGAAACCUCAAUAUCCCCUUCAUACGAAGAAGGAGUGGUGGAGGAACAGUCUUUCAUUUUUGACAGGAACGAGACCGCUCAAGUGGUCGUUCGCGCUAUCCGACAACUCGGCGUUGAUGCCAACGUGAACGACAGAAACGAUAUCUGUGUUGGAAAGGACAAGAUACGUUCAGCGUACAAGAUCGUCAACAAUAGGGCGUAUCAUCAUGGGACUAUGCUCAUUUCUACACGCUUGGAUACUCUCGGAGAUCUCCUUCGAGUUGCUAACAAGUUGUUCGCUGGCAGGGACCGCCCAGUCCACGCGCGUUUGUCUUGUGGUGGGACCCCUCGGACUGCGCCGAAAACAUACGCGGUCAAGAAGAGAUGUCUCUUACGCUUCGCUCGUUAG